GUCUUGGCCAAAAGUCCUCCCUCUAACUCAUCUCGCGCUAGCGUAGUAUUUUCUCCAUCCAGCUCCAAAUUUCAAAAAAGUUGUCGAUGCUGGGAAUUUCGCAGUCUGCACAAAUUAACUCAAGACGACUCGUCGUUAACGCCCACUAUCUGCAUCCUCACCGCAUACCUGCUGUACUCGACCAACCGAGUAGCACCUCUCGAAUUAUUCUUGAAACCAUACCAGUAAGACAAAAACACAAAACAACUCAGUAAUGGCCUUCGGUGGUGCGCCCCGAGGUCGUGGAGGCGCAAGAGGUGGUGGGCGCGGCGGCUUUGGCGGCGAUCGUGGUGGUCGUGGUGGAAGUCGUGGUGGCUUCGGCGACCGUGGUGGUCGUGGCGGUGGCUUUAGAGGUGGUUCUCGUGGAGGCGACAGAGGUGGUCGUGGCGGUGGCUUCAGAGGCGGUUCUCGUGGAGGCGACAGAGGUGGACGAGGCGGUGGCCGAGGUGGUGCUAAGCCCGGUAUGAGAGGUGGAGCGAAAGUGAUUAUCGAACCCCACAGACACGCCGGUGUUUUCGUCGCUCGCGGUGGCAAAGAAGAUCUCCUGGUCACCAAGAACUUGACUCCAGGCGAGUCCGUGUACGGCGAGAAGCGCAUCAGCGUCGACGCACCCACCAACCCCGCCCUUGACGGCGAUGCCGCUCCUGCGGCCACAAAGACAGAAUACAGAGUGUGGAAUCCUUUCCGAUCGAAGUUGGCGGCCGGUAUCCUCGGUGGUCUCGACGACAUAUUUAUUCGCCCCGGCUCGAGUGUGCUGUAUCUCGGUGCCGCCUCAGGUACUUCAGUUUCGCACGUUGCCGACAUUGUGGGCCCGACCGGACGAGUCUACGCCGUUGAGUUCUCGCACCGCUCCGGUCGUGACUUGAUCACCAUGGCUACUCACCGUACCAAUGUCAUCCCCAUCAUCGAGGACGCCAGACAUCCUCUACGCUACCGCAUGCUCGUGGGCAUGGUUGAUGUUGUUUUCGCCGACGUGGCUCAGCCAGAUCAAGCGCGUAUUGUCGGGCUGAACUCCCAUCUUUUCCUGAAGGCCGGUGGUGGCGUGCUCAUCUCUAUCAAGGCCAGCUGUAUCGAUUCGACGGCCAAGCCUGAGGUGGUAUUUGCCAACGAAGUGAAGAAGAUGCGUGAAGAGCGCAUCAAGCCAAGAGAGCAGUUGACUUUGGAGCCCUUCGAACGAGACCACUGCAUAGUUGCUGGUAUCUAUUCGCACAGUGAGAAAUAGAUGUGUUCCUGGAAACGAAUUCGGCGAAAUUGGCUCAUGCCAUGUAACGUGCAUGAGGAGUACAGUGCUUGAAUGCGGUGCUGUAUAUCUACGGCGUACUCGGCGUCCGGGUCAGUCUAUGCGAGGGAAGUUUCAGGGUCAGGUCAUGUAGUGAUUUUCAAAUGUGUACGCUUCCAAAAGCAAGAGAGACAUCAAGGACGGGAGAUUGAAUUCUGGUCAUUUCGAUAUCAUCAUCACAAAUUGC